AAGAACUUUGCUCUCUAAGUCUUUAAGAAAAAUAACAAGACCUAACUUACUUUUGAAGACUAGAUCUAGAUCUAUUGAAUCUAUUCUAAAAGUAAGAUAGAGUAAGUAAGAGGCAUGUCAAAAAUGAUUAAAAGUGUCACUAGUGGUGGCAGUGUCCAGCCUAAUGGUGUAGAAAGCUUAACGUUUUUAAAAGAUUUCGCUCCAGGUCCACUUGAUGCUUACAGGAAAGACGCCUCAUUCAACUGGAAGCAAAUGGCUCUUUUCUUAGAAGGAGAAGACAUAUUAAGAUUUAAGUACAAAAUUUUCAAGACAUUAGAAAAUGACCCCAUAUUCUGCAAAGGAUUUGAGACCCCUUCUUUAGAAAAGCAGAGGGAGUUGACCUUCCGCAGAACUCAGCACGUCGUUAGCUACAAUUUCCUACCAGAAGAAGAGCUUUAUGAAAACCCUUUAAAAUAUCUAGCUUUUACAGAAGCUAUUGGCAUGUAUGACUGGACUGUGUCAGCAAAGUGGAAUCUAAAUGUGGAGGUAAAUUGAAUUUAAUUUAACCCAAUAAACCCUUUAAAAUAUCUAGCUUUUACAGAAGCUAUUGGCAUGUAUGACUGGACUGUGUCAGCAAAGUGGAAUCUAAAUGUGGAGAUGUUCUCAGGAACAGUGCGUAACAUGGGCUCACAGAGACACAAUGACAUAGUGGAACAAAGCAAAGCCAAUCAAAAUUUUGGGUGUUUUAUCCUGACAGAACUCAGUCAUGGUAGCAAUACAAAGAACAUGAGAACCACUGCAACAUACGACUCUAAGACCCAAGAAUUUGUGAUCAACACUCCAGAUUUUGAAGCCACCAAGAUCUGGGUUGGUAAUUUAGGGAAGCAGGCCACCCAUGGCAUCCUGUAUGCCCAGCUGUACACAGAGGAUGGUCUCUGUCAUGGGCUUCACACAUUUGUUGCCCCAAUCAGGGACCCGAAGACACUGCUUGCCUUACCCGGUGUGCUGGUCGGUGACAUGGGGGAGAAGAUUGGACUUAAUGGACUAGAUAACGGGUUUGUGGCUUUCAACCAGUUCAGAAUCCCACGAGAGAAUCUUCUGGACAAGUUUGGUGAUGUCACUCCUAGUGGGGAAUAUGUGACACCUUAUAAGGAUCCCAGCAAAAGAUUUGGCGCAUCCCUGGGUGCACUUUCUGGAGGAAGAGUUGGUAUCACUGGCAUGGGAGUAGCCAACCUCAGACUCUGUAUGCCCAUAGCAAUCAGAUACUCUGCUGUCCGGCGGCAGUUUGGUCCAGGAAGUGAUGAGAUAGCAGUAAUAGAAUACCAGCUUCAGCAAUGGAGACUCUUCCCUUAUUUAGCUGCUACUUAUGCCCUUGACAUUUUCUCCACUUCCUUCUUCAUGAACUUUGUUGAACUUCGAAUAGGGGUCAUGGUCGGAGACAAAAGUCAAAGACAGGCUGACCUAGGGAAAGAGAUCCAUGCCUUAUCUUGUGCCAGCAAACCUCUCUCAGGAUGGGUGGCAAGGGAUGCAAUCCAGGAGUGCCGUGAAGCCUGUGGUGGACACGGCUAUUUCAAAGUCAAUCGCCUCGGUGACAUCCGCAAUGACCAUGACCCCAAUAACACCUAUGAGGGAGACAACAAUGUUUUACUUCAACAGACCAGCAAUUAUCUUCUCUCUUUUGUGGAACCAGCAUCGGCAGGGGAAUCUAUUAGCAGUCCACUAGGUUCUGUGAAUUUUCUGACAAAUUUGCAGCAGAGAUUAAAGUCUAAAUUUACAGCAAAAACUAUCGAGGAUUGCCUGAACCCACUUGUUGCCCUUGAUGCCUACAAGUGGCUUGUGUCCUACCUUCUAGUGGAGAGCAAUCGCAGGCUGGCAGAGCAGACUUCAUCUGGGAAAGAUCCUUUCACUGCUAGGAAUGACAGUCAGGCUUAUUACUGCAGAUCUCUGGCACUUGCCUUUAUAGAACAUACAGUGCUGGAACGUUUUGUACUGAUUCUGGAGUCCAAGAACGAUGAGCCGACUCCUGUAGCUCUAAGACCAGUGCUACAGAGACUGUGUGCUUUGUAUGGACUUUGGAGUCUAGAGAAACAUCUAGCCACACUCUAUCAAGGUGGCUAUGUGUCUGGCGGUGAUUCCCCAAGACUGAUCAGAGAGACCAUCCUCCAGCUGUGCACACUGCUGAAGCCUGAUGCAGUUUCCCUGGUGGAUGCUAUUGCCCCUCCAGACUUUAUACUCAAUUCACCCAUUGGCUGCUCUGAUGGCCAGAUUUAUAAAAACUUGUAUAGCGCCAUGCUCCAGGGCAGUAAGAGUCUGGAGAGAGCUGAGUAUUGGCAGGAAGCUAUCACCCCACCACCACCCAGGACACCAGCCAAACUUUAGACUUAGUUAUCACCUAGAUUCUAAACUCUAGUUUCAACUUGAACUUUUCACCUGAAACAGGGGAUAUAUAUAUAUAUAUAUAUAUAUAUGUAAUGCUUUAUGUUGUCAUGAACUAUAUAUGUUGUGCAAUAAACCAAGAGUAUUGUAAAUAAAGGAUAGGAAGACAAAAGUAAAGAAUAAUUUGGAAGACAAAUAUAAAGAAUAAAUUGGAAGACAAAAGUAAAGAAUAAUUUGGAAGACAAAUGUAAAGAAUAAAUUGGAAGACAAAUGUAAAGAAUAAAUUGGAAGACAAAAGUAAAGAAUAAAUUGGAAGACAAAAGUAAAGAAUAAAUUGGAAGACAAAUGUAAAGAAUAAACUGGAUGAAAAACUGAUUUAAAGAUUUAAUUUGUUUAAACAAAUAUUUUUAUCUUGAUAUUUGUGAAAGGAGAAAAGAAUUAAUUACAUAGUUUUCUUUGUGAAUGUGCUUGCACUGUAGGAAAUUAUUCUAAACAGAUUUUGAACUUGGAGGAUGGGAUACAUUUUUUUUCUGAGCAUGUCCCUAGUGCCAUAUAUUUAUUGUAUUGACAGAGGGAAUGAGUCCAAAAGAGAUUAUUAAUAUUUGCCUUCUUGUAUUUCUACAACACGUUUGUCUGGACAUUCCAAAUUGUAUUGUUUGUGUCGGUCUGUCAGACGUCAGCGCAAAGUGAUAACCUAUUGUUCUAAGAACAAAAUUUUGACCGAUGAUGAGUGACACCGUUUCCAGACAAAUCUUACAUAAUAGAUUUUUUUGUUUUUUGUUGUUUUCUCUUGUUAUGCUUUUGUUGAUUUCUGAAAUUGAUUUUCAUGACAUUGAAGAUUAUUUUAAUCUCCAUUCUCUAAAUUUUGCUUAAUGAGCUUCUAUCAUAAUCAACUUUUUGACAAAACUAUUUCACUUGAAGUCAUUCCAAAAUGUCAUUUGUUAUAUUUCAUUCUUUUGGUUCGUAAAUUGCGUGAUAGAUAGCCUGAUGUGUUAUUUUUGUAGAACCAGGUAACUGUUGAAAAAGUUGUCACAAAAUCUGGUUUUGUUUCUCUUUGAUUAAACUGACAAAAAAAAAACAAUUAAAAAACUUGUUACUUAGGUAUCACUUACCUGUAUAUUCAAAUUACUUUUUCAAUCAACAAAAUGUCAAUUCCUGUAUGUGCAGCUUUAACCCUACCAGCCCUGAGCCCCUGAAACAUACAGUCCCCUAUGUCCUGAGCUCAUGAGGGCCUUGACCCUCUUUACUUACUAUCUUUGAAGCUCUAGAGCUAAUGAAAGUCAAGGAGUUUUUCUGACCAGUCAAUCUCUCACAGUAUCAUUCAGUGCAAGUAAAAACAUUCUUCUUUAUGAAGUUUUUACCUCAAAGAGUUUAAAUCAACUAAAAUAUCAAUCAACUUUAGGCGUGGUCGAGAGGCCAAGUGCGCUUGAACUUGGCUUGGCUACCUAGAAGGGGGCUCGAGGUUCGACACCUGACUCUGGCAGAGUUGUGUUUACUGAGCUGUCCAAAGGCAGCACGGAAAACCAACUCCUAGAUACCCCCUCCCCCCCACUGGUCCACUAAUGAGAUUGGACCAAAAGCGCUCUGAGCAUGCUAUAAGCAUGAAAGUAGCGCUAUAUAAAAGCUAUAAUUUUUUAAUUUUUUUUUUAUUACAAGCCUAGACCUACCUUAUAUAUGCCUGGUUCAUGUUAACUCUUUCUCUCCUGAUUGACGAUACCAUCGUUGAUUUGACCACUUCAAAAUAUUUUCUGGUUUUAUACAUUAAUUUGUGUUUUAUAAAAAGAGCAUGCAUUCCCAUAUGCCAAAUAAAAUAUUUUCUGAUUACAAAGUUACUGACCUUAAAUCAUAAAGGAGAAGUGAACUACAAAUGAGUAAAAUGAAUAAUUCCGUUGGAUCAGAGAAAAAGAGUUAACUCCAAAUUUUCAGAAAAUUCUCAUGUAAAACCACACCCAUUCAAUGUAAACACAUGGGCGCAACCGUUGGCCAAGCUUAACAUGUAGUUUUAUUAUGAUUGGUUGGUUAUUUUUAGAUUCUAAUUUUUUUAAAAACAGAAUUGGCAAGUACUGAAAAAACAGUCCACCAUCUUAGUAACCAUUAAGAAAUUACAGAUAAAUUGGUACACUGGUCUGGUAGUGUUAAUUAAUGGGAAUUGUCUACUGGUCUGGUAGUGUUAAUUAAUGGGAAUUGUCUACUGGUCUGGUAGUGUUAAUUAAUGGGAAUUGUCUACUGGUCUGGUAGUGUUAAUUAAUGGGAAUGGUCUACUGGUCUGGUAGUGUUAAUUAAUGGGAAUGGUCUACUGGUCUGGUAGUGUUAAUUAAUGGGAAUGGUCUACUGGUCUGGUAGUGUUAAUUAAUGGGAAUGGUCUACUGGUCUGGUAGUGUUAAUUACUGGGAAUGGUCUACUGGUCUGGUAGUGUUAAUUAAUGGGAAUGGUCUACUGGUCUGGUAGUGUUAAUUACUGGGAAUGGUCUACUGGUCUGGUAGUGUUAAUUAAUGGGAAUGGUCUACUGGUCUGGUAGUGUUAAUUACUGGGAAUGGUCUACUGGUCUGGUAGUGUUAAUUAAUGGGAAUGGUCUACUGGUCUGGUAGUGUUAAUUAAUGGGAAUGGUCUACUGGUCUGGUAGUGUUAAUUAAUGGGAAUGGUCUACUGGUCUGGUAGUGUUAAUUAAUGGGAAUGGUCUACUGGUCUGGUAGUGUUAAUUAAUGGGAAUGGUCUACUGGUCUGGUAGUGUUAAUUAAUGGGAAUGGUCUACUGGUCUGGUAGUGUUAAUUAAUGGGAAUGGUCUACUGGUCUGGUAGUGUUAAUUAAUGGGAAUUGUCUACUGGUCUGGUAGUGUUAAUUAAUGGGAAUGGUCUACUGGUCUGGUAGUGUUAAUUAAUGGGAAUGGUCUAAUGCUGAGAUGUUUUCCCUUUCAAGUGAUACUUUUAUCAUUACCAUUGUGUAGUGGGGAGGGAUAGAAGGGUCCAUGUCAUUUUUGUUUUUUUUCAUGCCCAAGUUAAAAAAGAAUAAUUGUUGUCUUUUGUUUUUUAACCAACUAUUUUAGCCUCUAUGUUAAAGUAAUGUAUUGAGAAAAUGUUAUAAAAUAUAUAAAUUGAGCAUGUUGUUAUGGUCUUUGGAAAAUUUAGUUGGUAAUAAUAGAUGUGAGAGAUAUUUGAUAUUUGCUUAUUAAACUAGAUGUAUAGAAAAUAGAAUAAACAUGCUUAUAUACAACCCCCUGCUGGAGCAAGUAAAAACAAAGGAUGUAUGGGCCACAUGGCCUUCAUCAUGUUUAUUGUAUUUGUUUUACACUCCUUCACCCCAGCAGCAGUAAAUCUAUGUGUUUAAAUAAAAGUAUGGGGUUUUUUUUGCUUGUUCAAAACAUUUAUUUGGAAAUACUGUACUUGCUGAAAUAGGUGUAACAGGAUUUUUGUUGGAGUACAUUUUUUGUUUUUUUAACAGUUAUAAUUUUACACACAUCUUGAAGAUAGAUUCACAAUUAAGGUCAACACUAGCCUCUUGUUGACCAACCGUUUGUUGAACAUUUCUUUCCCUUAGCUUAAUUUUCACAAUGUUCUCACCUAUUGUGGGGGCGCGGUGGCUGCGGGGUUAAGCGCUUGGCUUCUAAAUCCUGUGGGUCCUGGGUUAGAAUCUUGGUGAAGACGGAUUUUGAAUUUCGAGUUUUUUUAGAGCACCUCUUAGUCCAGCCAACUCUUAUGGGUACCUGAGUUAAGUUGGGGAAAGCAACUGUUGGUCAUUGUGCUGGCCACAUAGCACCUUGAUCUUUAACCCUUGGCCAAAGAAACAGGUGACCUUAACAUCAUCUGCCCUAUAGAUCGCAUGGUCUGAAAGGGAACUUAUAUUUACUUGCUUGCCUAUAGUGAGGCUCAAUCCAAGACACUAUAUUUCCAUCAAGUUACUAUCUUAUUUUUAGCAGCUUCAAUAGUCUCCCUCUCUUCAGGGUCUGCUCAAACAUUUUCAGCUUGUUUCUUACCAUCAAUACUACACUCUCACUUCUCAUAGUUCUGCUCAACAUUUUCAACUUUGGGAUUGAGAUUUGAGAGAAAUGGACUAUUCAUGCUGUCCUGCACCUUUUUUUUAAUGGCAAAUCUUUUGAGAUGGGUUGCCACAAGUCUCUCUGAAUUUUUUUUUCAUCAUUACUAAAAUUUUCUUCUCACUCUGCUGUUGACGUCUGUGAAUCGAAAAUGUAUUUCAUUAUGUACUGUUUGUACUGGAGAUGAAAGACUCUGUGACUCAAAGAAAUCUAAAUUUUAUCUAAUGUUUUAUUUCAUUGAUUUGUAUUUUGAGCUUGCGUUUAAUGUUUUUGAAUGUAGUAACAACUGAGAUUAUCAUGCCAUGCUCUUGUGAUAUAUGCCUUGAACUUUUGUAACAAUGGCUCUGAGUUGAAAUCCUGAUAGCUUCCAUCCCUGGUCGUCCUGUAGGCGAUUUAGACUAGGACAUAAUAAUCUUUAUUUCUUAAGUAAUUUGAAAGUUAUAAAACAAACUCUGACCUAUAUAUUUUUCUUAAUAUUUAAAUUUUGUUACUUACAUAAUGAGACAAUACUCUGUCACUAUUCUAGGUUAUUUGAUAUAUACGAAAUGGGUUGUUUCAAUGUAGCUAGAUUACAAGAGAAAUGGAAGUAGAAAUCUUUCUCUUCAUUCAAGUUCACUCCAUCGUUCAUGGCCGACGGCCGUAUGUAAACAAUAGUCAUGGUCGCUGACCAUCGUCCUCCCCCCCCCUUUUUUUUUUCCCAAUUAUGUUUAUUUGAGAUUAUCAUCUCCCUUACUUUACAGGUUUUAUAUUGCAACUGUCAGCAAUCUGUUUUUUUCUAAUUCCGAUUGUCAUCAAAGGCAUGAUAGAUGUGACUGGUUAGUUGGAACUUAUUGAUAUUCUAUUGACUCUGCUUCUUACAGAGAACAUAUCAUUCACAGCAUUUGGGAUUCUACUUAAAUGUACAUUUUGUUUGAUGUUUUUGAUACUUUUCCCUAUAGUCAUGUGAAAACAUCAGAACCAGGAAUAUUAGCAGUAUUUCCUUGUUUAUCAAAGUAUUGAAAGAAAUAAAGCUUAGAAUUUAUUGAA